AUGGCAUCUGGAGGGUGUUGUGGAGGAGGUGGAGGCAGUGGUGGUCCUCCAGGACAUGGUGGUGGUGUAGGACGUGGUCUUUUGGAUGGUCCUCUGGGAUGUGGUGGUGGACGCGGUGGUGAUGGUACCCCAGGACAUGGUGGUGGUGGUCCUCUGGGACAUGGUGGUAGUGUAGGACGUGGCCUUAUGGAUGGUCCUUUGGGACAUGGUGGUGGGCGAGGUGGAGGUGGUCCUCCAGAAAAUGGUGGUGUUGUAGGACACGGCCUUAUGGAUGAUCCUCCAUGA